UCUGUGCUGCUCUCUUGAUGCAUAGAAUAGACUCAUCUUUUUCUUUUAUUUUUUUCUAAUUUCAUGCAUACCUACUCCAUGCAAGAAGUUUUGAUUGAAGGUAAUUGCAUUGAGGAGGUUUCUAUGAUGCUUAAAUUACAAGAAGUAAUGAAUUGUUAUGCGAAGUAAAUAAAUUUGUUUUGUUGGCAAUAAUAAUGACGUUGACAAAUGAUAAUUGACAUGUCUUGAGUCAAUCGUCAACCUCAAAUAAACGAGCGUGUUUAUAAACAACAAACAAGUUUAUAUUUAUUUGUUGGAAUCAAAAUGGAUUACUAUUAUUUAUCAGUUCUCUCCCUAAAUGAAUGGUGAGGGCUAGUUAUGUCAUUUAUUCUGUAAAAAUUUGUAAAAUAUUCAAUACUCAUGAAAGUUGAAAUGGAAGAUUUGGACGACACUGAUACCACUAUUUGUGAUUCGGUGAAUUCACUGGUAGAAGGAUGCCGUUUACCUGUACAUAUGAAAGGGACCGACGACUGGCCCUUGGCAGAACUCAUCAGUAUAAAAGAAAUAUUGGGGACAAAGUGUUAUUACGUACAUUAUGUGGACUUCAAUAAGAGGCUAGAUGAGUGGGUUACAGAAGAAUUUUUGGAUACUAGAAAAGUUCAUUUUCCUAAGAAAGAUGGAACUAGUAAUACUGGUGUAUCUACUCCUAAGAAAUCACAUUUUGGUGAUGUUAAUUCCAGACCUACCAGUCCAAUACCAGCCCCAACUCAGGAUAUUCUCAAUGGAAAUGCUGUGUUAGCGGCUGCAUUACAAAAAAAAAUAAAUAGGAAAAGGAAAGUUCCUGCCCCUGAAAAUGAAGAUUCUCUUGAUGCACCAGCGCCUCCUGUUCCAGGCCCAAGACAAUCUGGCAGUAUGGUAGCUCACCAUGACGAUGUAGUUACAAGAAUGAAAAACGUUAAUAUGAUUGAACUUGGCAAACAUAGAAUUAAACCUUGGUAUUUUGCUCCAUAUCCACAGGAGAUGGUAAAUCUUUCGUGCAUAUAUAUAUGUGAGUUCUGUUUGAAAUACAAAAAAAGUCGAAAAUGUUUAGAGAGACACUUGGUAAAAUGCAACUUGAAACAUCCUCCUGGAAAUGAAAUAUACAGAAAAGAAGGCAUUUCCUUUUUUGAGAUAGAUGGUAGGAAGAAUAAGCAGUAUGCUCAAAAUUUAUGUCUUUUAGCAAAACUGUUUCUUGAUCAUAAAACCUUAUAUUACGAUACCGAUCCUUUCCUAUUCUACGUCAUGACUGUGUUUGAUAAUAGAGGAUUCCAUAUUGUUGGAUAUUUUUCAAAAGAGAAAGAGUCAACUGAAGAUUACAAUGUUGCUUGUAUAUUAACAAUGCCUCCUUAUCAGAGGAAAGGUUAUGGAAAAUUAUUGAUCGAGUUCAGUUAUGAACUGUCUAAGUUCGAGGGAAAAACAGGUUCACCAGAGAAACCACUUUCAGAUUUAGGCUUAUUGUCUUAUAGAAGCUAUUGGGCACAGACUAUUUUAGAAAUUCUCAUCACAAUGAAUCCUGUUGGGGAAAAUGAGAAACCUCAAAUAACAAUAAACGAAAUUUGUGAAUUGACCAGUAUCAAGAAAGAAGAUGUGAUAUCAACAUUGCAAAAUUUGAAUUUAAUUAAUUAUUAUAAGGGGCAGUAUAUAAUUGCGUUGAACAAAGAUAUAAUGGAUAGUCAUAGGAAGGCAAUGGAAAGUAAAAAAAUCAGAAUAGAUCCUAAAUGUUUGCACUGGACGCCAAAAGAUUGGGGUAAAAGAGCAAAAUGGUGAAUCAUAUUAGAAUUUUUAAAUACUGUCGUCUUAUAUCAAUUGAUAAAUACGUUGAAUUUUACUCUGAAAUUGAAACUCUAUGUAUUUAUUAAUUAAUAAAACAAUUUUAUUAAAAA